AUGGGAAGUACUUCAAAUAUUUUGCAAGUAGGGAAACGAAUUGAGCUCAGCCCCGCGGUCUCCAGCCAAGUGGGAGCAGAAGGUUCAGUUAGCAGCGUACAUGGCCUUAGGGCUGCUGGAACCUGUCGCCAGAAUCGGGGUGUGGAAGAAACCAGGGACAGAAGAGAAGAGUGUGACAGAGACAGGGUAACCCAAGUAAAGGAGAGGAGCGGUGCCAGUGACCACAGCGUGAGGCUUGACAUACGGGGGGUGGCAAGUGUCCCCCCAGAAUGGUCCCUGUCUCAUGAAGAGGGUGAAAAACACUUGCUGACACUACAGACAGCGUGUCCGAAGGCAGAGGAAGAUGACUUGGAGGAGGUCUCACAGAUGACUGCCUACCUGCAGAAGGGGGUGGCAGUGGCAGUUGUGUUGCAGCUGGUGGUGCAGCAGGGGCAGGGUGUGCAGCACAACGUGCCGGCAGGCAUGGCUGUAAGUGUGCGGGAAGGUGUCUGUGUUUUUUAUGACUUAGGCCUGACGCAGAUUAACGUUUUGCAAGAAAAAGGGCAAGCAAAGAGUUCAGAAAACAAGCCAACAGAGAAACCACCAGACAUGCUACUGACUGAGAUUGACAGAGAUAAUGAUGUCAUUGCAUUUGAAAAUAAGGUCCAGCAACUUGCCCCUUCUGAAGAGAUUCAAGACUACCAGAAAGCUGAGAAUAGCUCAACCUGCCAUUUCCACAGAGCAUCAAGUCUUAAUCAUCAUGUGAAAACCCAUUCUGUUGAGAAAUGUCAUGUGUGUCACCUCUGCCUUAAGGCUUUUCGUACAUCUCUGCUGCGUAACCAUGUGAAUGUACAUGCAGGGACCAGACUGUAUAAAUGCAGUGGCUGUGACAGCGAUGAGCUUUCACGACACAGACAUUACAAGCAUACAUUAGAAAAAUCUUUCCAGUGUUCAAUGUGUAAAUAUUCUAGAGUGGAGGUGAACAAAAUUAAAUGGCAUAUUCUCUCACAUACAGGAGAGCGUCCUUAUGCCUGUGACCUUUGCAGUUAUGCUAGCAAAGGUGCCUAUAGACUGAAAAGGCACAUGAGAACUCAUUUGGGUGAAAACCCCUAUGAACGUUAUGUUUGCCAGGCCGAAUUUACUCAAAGUGGUACCAUGAAUAUCCGUACGUUACAGAAGCAUGGAGAAAAUGUGCCCAAACACCAGUGUCCACAUUGUAGUACCUUUAUUGCAUGGAAAAGUGACUUGGGUGUCCAGUUGCGAAAUCUGCAUUCCUAUAUGGCAGUGGCAGUCAAAUGCAGCUACUGUGAAGGUGUUUUUCAUGAGCGCUAUGCUUUUAUUCAGCACAAGAGUCAUAGAAAUGAAAAAAGAUUCAAAUGUGAUCAGUGCAGCUAUGCAUGUAAGCAGGAACAACGUUUAAUUGUACAUAAACGAACCCAUACUAGUGAGAAACCCUCCGCUUGCUUGUGCUGCAGCAAAAGCUUUUGACAGAAGCAGCUUCUCACUCAUCACUUUAGGAGGCAUCAUGAUUCUAAUAUUAAGCCUACAGUUUAUGAAUGCCCUAAAUGUGAUUUUACAUGUAAAACUUUAUUGCUUAUCGAGGAACCUGAAAAUG